GUGGCACAGGUGGACGGCCAGGCUAUAAGAGGUGCCGUGCUCAGGACCGGCCCCGCUCCAGCCUGAGGGGAUCUCGCUACUUUGUCAAGAUGAGCAAGACCACCCAGACCCAGGAACCGCUCUCUGAGCUGGAGAAGGCCAUGGAUGUCAUCAUUGAUGUCUUCCACCAGUACUCGAGACGGGAGGGGGACAGAGACACCCUGACCAAGAAGGAGCUGAAGCUCCUGGUUGAGAAGCAGCUUGCCAACUACCUGAAGCACGUGAAGAGCAAGGUCACCAUCGACGAGAUCAUGAAGGACCUCGACAUCAACAAGGACGAGCAGCUCAGCUUCUGCGAGGCGAUGCUGCUGAUCAUCCGCGUGACCAUCGCCACCCACGAACACCUCCACGAAGUCGAGGACCAGCAGCACCAGCACAAACACCAGCACCAACACCACCACUGAGGCGGGCUGUGGUCCCCAGCCGAGGGCACCCGCGCAGUGCCGCAGCCCCUGAUUUUCUCCCCUCCGUCCCUCUCCACCCACCUCCCUCCUUUCCUCCCUUCCAGUUUGAUGGUUUUGCUGCCAAAUAAAGAUUCGCCCUGAGGCUGUCAAAGCUC